UACGUCAUUAUUGUGUUGGUUCCUCACAAACAAGGAAGACUAAACAUGGCCGACGAGGAUAUUAUUUGUGUGAAGAAUCCUUUGUUUUGUUUACAUUUUAGGGAAUCUAUUUUCAAAUAAACUGGAUAUUAACCCAAUUGACAAUAUUCUUUCUAGCUGUGUAGUUGUCAGUAGUUAUUUGGACUGAAAUGGGUGCUAAACAAAGCACAGGGACAGGUUCUCCAAGGGUUCGGACAUAUUCUAGCUCGGGGUCACAAAAUGGGGCUGGUCCCCAUAUGUCAGGUGCAAGUAGCCGAGCAAGGGCUCGAAGUUUGGGUAGUUAUACGAAUCCACCUGCUGGACUACACAUACCUGUGAGCAAUGGCUCUGGGCCAGGGGCUGUGGGUGGUAGCCCCGACUCUGACUCUAGCCCUGAUGAAUCAGCAGGGGUACCUCCCCAGCUUCAAGGAUUAAGAAACAUAACACAUUCACUUCCACUUCAUCUUUUUGCUCUUCAUGGUGAGUAUAUUGUCUGUGAUAAACAAUUAUGUAAAUUGUAAUAAAAAUAUUUGCAC